GUAAAGCGGCCAUCGGAACGAGAGUGAGGUGGGCAGUGAGAAGCAGCCGUGGUUUCGGAGAAACAGAGGGGAGAUUGGCACGAGAGCAGGAGGUGAGGGGAUUCGAUGUGGGCAGCAGCAACAGAAUCAGCAGAUUUGAAGGAUUGCUUGCCCCGACCCGGACCGCCUCCUCCUCCUUUUCUUAUGCUCCACUUCACUCUCUGACCAGGGCUGCUUACGAAGCUUUUGGCCUCUUGCCAUGCCGUAGCUGCUUUGGUGCGUCUGAACGUCUUGAUUCAGUUUUGGAGUUUGCGGACGGAGCGUCUGAGAGCUUACUAUUUCCGCAUGGUGGCGGCGAAGAGAGGAAGAGGUGUUGUGUGAUUUUCGCCCCCUACUCUUGGUUAGCCUGAGAGGGUGGAGUGCUUCACGGAUCUAUUUGGUAGGUCAGAUUCUUUCGGGACGUAGGUGUUGUGGUGGGGGUGAAAUUGUACACAGUGGCACCUGCCUGUCCUGGUGGUCGAAAGUUCACUUCCGUUUGGAGGCGGGCGCUGGGGAAAUUAGUUUCCCAGAGGGCGGCAGAGGAGUGCUUAUCUUGGGUUCCUUGGCAGGAGCUGGAAUUUCAGAAAACGUGCGUGAUCGUCUGAAGGACUGAGGCUUCUAGUUUUCGUGUGUGGAACUUGUGCUUGAGACUUUGAUUUGGUUUUGCGAUCGAACACUGCCAGCGAUCACAUCGGCUCUUCUUCUCUUCACCGAUCACCUUGGCCUUCGCGUUCGGGGAAAGUUGACUUGGUUCCGAUCUGCAUAUUUGAAGAGCUUGGUUGCUAUUUUGACUAGUGCAGUUAUAAUGGCGGCCUUUCGCCGCCUGUCACCAGGACUCCAGGCCUCUAUGGGAUCGAUAAUAUAUCGGCCCUAUCGACUGAUGUCUGGUGCAGCCCAGGCUGCUAUGGAUGUCGAGGUCUGGAACAUGACGAUGCCCACUGUAGAGGAUGUUCAGAGACAGGAUGAAGGAAGGGGUCCUCAGUGGGUGUUUUUGGGAUGUCCUGGAGUCGGAAAGGGGACUUACGCCAGCCGUUUGUCCAAAUUAUUGGACGUACCGCACAUUGCUAUGGGAGAUCUUGUACGAAAUGAGCUGAAGGCUUCAUCGCCGCUGGCUAAACAGCUGUCCGAAGCAAUGAAAGCGGGGAAGUUGCUACCCGACGAAGUCAUAUUUAAUCUCCUGUCCAAGCGUCUGGAGCAAGGUCUGUCUGCAGGCGAAAGAGGAUUUAUUUUGGAUGGGUUUCCUCGAACUAUCAGCCAAGCGGAAGUUCUAGAGGACGUUACAGAAAUUGACUUGGUCGUGAACCUCAGGCUUCGAGAGGACGUGUUGAUUUCAAAGUGCCUGGGCAGGAGGAUCUGUAGCCAGUGUGGAGGGAAUUUUAAUCUUGCCAAGAUUGACGUCAAAGGCGAGGACGGCGCUCCCAGCAUUUUCAUGCCUCCUCUGUUGCCGCCACCUUCAUGUGCCUCGAAGAUGACCAUCCGCGCCGACGACACGGAUGAGGUCGUUAGAGCGAGGCUCCGUGUUUAUCAUGAAGAGAGUGCACCUGUGGAGGGCUAUUACAGAAGUCGGGGGAAACUCUUGGACUUCAACGUCGGUGGCGGUAUACCGGAAACAUGGCCCAAUCUGCUGGCUGCCUUGAAUCUGACGGAUAAAGCGAGUGAAGAAGGUGAUCAGCAAAAGCUGGCUGCCUGAGUACGGAAUACGAGCUGUCGACAGUCCUACUUUGCCUUAAAGUAUUCGGUUCAUGGGUAUACGAGCCCCAUCUUCGAGGGACUGCCAUCGACUGGCUAUAACAGUCCUGUCUCUUUAUCCUUUCGCCACUUAAAACACAUCUGGGAAUGUCCCUAGGGUGAAGAUUUUGUAGUCAAUUUAGGAUAGCGUAAAACAUUCCAUUUUGAGUUAUUUCCCGGGGGAUUCUGCUUAAAACCCAUCGAAAACGUAAUGCUGCAAAUGGUCUUAGAGAAUCUUCUUUCGAUCUACUUCUUGCACAUUUACAAAAGUAGUUUCUACAUCAACGUAGCAUAUUGAUUGCCUUUGACAGGACAUUUUCUGAAAAGGUUGGGUUAUUGUUUUGUACAUACCUUGGUCCAGACCAUCUGCAGGUCCUCACAACAGUUAUGAAUAAGCAAAAUUACACAGGCGUUUAGUCCAGUCAUUAAGAGCUUAGGUACCUUUUUAGAAGUCACUUGGAAGGAAAGAAACUGCUGUACUUUUUGAAAGUUCACCUGAUGAAAGUGGAGGACUAAGGCAGCUGCACGCAUUGGAUAUCGAGUAAAUGGGGACUUUGAGCUACUUCUGUGAUUCUAAUUGGUACAAGGUUUCAGUUGACAACGAAUAUGGAUUAUGGGAGUAAUGUUUACGUAGUAAUUUAGGUAGAAGGUGGUUGAUUACCCACAUACUCAUGUGGGUAGUGAGCCAGAAAAAUGAAGGUGACCAAUUUUC